AGACUUCUCCAGCCAUGAUGCUGAAUACAUUACUGCUGUGUCUAGCUAUUAUCCAGGCAAUUCAAGCAAUGCUUACCUCAGGCUCUGGCAAUGGGCGUUUUGAAGACAUCAAUUCUGGCAAUAGCAAUGGCAGAUACAACUAUCCGAGUUUACUACGUAAAGUGAAGGAAUCUGGAUUGGUUGUACCAGGAAGUUUAGCCCGAUCAGAGGCUCUUCGAACAGACAUGGGAGCAGUUGAGGAAGACCUGAUGGAGGAUUACAGUCUGCUGGACACAAGGCAGGCAUUGUCUCUGGAGGUUUCCUCUCGCGAAGAGCGUUCUCCAAGGAGGUGUGUUCAACUUCACGAAUCCUGCGUUGGUCACCUGUCCUGCUGUAGUCCGUGUGCAACUUGUUAUUGCCGAUUCUUCAAUGCUAUUUGCUAUUGCAGAAAAACCAGCACUAACUGCCACCAAGGCAAAAACUAGCAUAAAUUUGCCCAAUGGUCCCUAGGACUAUCUACUGUGUGAUGCUAUGUAAUAAUAUUUGAUUGUAUUUUUACUUCUACUUUUCUCUAACUUCUAACUUGCCUUUAU